CCUAAAUCGGAGAUAGCCCUAACUCUGAUUCUGUCUCGGUCUCUCUAACGAUCAUCCCUCCGGCAGUGGCUUCCUGGUGGGCGGCGGCGGCUGUUGCCUCUCUCACGAGCAUCCACCUCAACGGCGGCUGUUGCCUCUCUCACGAGCAUCCACCUCAACGGCGGCUGUUGCCUCUCUCACGAGCAUCCACCUCAACGGCGGCGGCCGUACAUUAUUAUCCAGUUAGCAGCAGCUCCUUUGAGACUUCCAUAAAUCUCUCUCUAAAACCUGACAGUUUGUGGACAUCAUGGCUAGAGUUUUGGUUCAACCGACAAAUUUUCCUGGUUUGAUUGGUGGAAGAAGGUGUCCGCCUUCGAAAGUAUCAGGUAAUGUAAGACAGGCUGUGAAAAUGAUGUCGACUGUCCAUGCACCUGGUUUGAGGAUAAGAAGCUUCUCUGGACUUAGGGGGCUUAAUUCUUUGGAUGACAUGUUAAGAAAUGGGCAAGAUUUCUAUUCGAAGAUGGCAAUUGCAAUCUCUUCCAGGGGAGGAAAGGCUAGCAGAUGUGUUCCAAAAGCUAUGUUUGAGCGAUUCACUGAAAAGGCAAUUAAGGUAAUUAUGCUUGCCCAGGAGGAAGCGAGGCGGCUUGGUCACAAUUUUGUUGGCACUGAGCAGAUCCUUUUGGGUCUUAUUGGGGAAGGCACUGGUAUUGCUGCUAAGGUUCUUAAAUCUUUGGGAAUUAAUCUUAAAGAUGCACGCGUGGAGGUGGAGAAGAUAAUUGGUCGGGGCAGUGGUUUCGUUGCUGUAGAAAUUCCAUUCACUCCUCGUGCAAAGCGUGUUUUGGAACUUUCUCUUGAGGAAGCUCGCCAACUUGGCCACAAUUAUAUUGGAUCAGAGCACUUGCUUCUGGGACUACUUCGUGAAGGGGAGGGUGUUGCAGCUCGUGUUCUUGAAAAUUUAGGUGCUGAUCCCUCUAACAUUCGGACUCAGGUUAUUCGAAUGGUGGGUGAGAGCGCAGAGGCUGUUGGUGCUGGUGUUGGAGGAGGGACCAAUGGGAACAAGAUGCCUACCCUAGAAGAGUAUGGGACAAACUUAACUAAGCUGGCAGAAGAGGGUAAACUAGAUCCUGUUGUUGGUAGGCAGCCGCAAAUAGAACGUGUAACCCAAAUUCUCGGUCGGCGAACAAAGAAUAAUCCUUGCCUCAUUGGUGAACCUGGUGUUGGGAAAACUGCCAUUGCUGAAGGUCUGGCUCAAAGGAUUGCUAAUGGGGAUGUUCCUGAAACGAUAGAAGGGAAGAAGGUUAUAACCUUGGAUAUGGGCCUUCUUGUAGCUGGCACAAAAUAUCGUGGGGAGUUUGAGGAAAGACUAAAGAAACUGAUGGAGGAAAUAAAACAAAGUGAUGAUAUUAUCCUUUUUAUUGAUGAGGUGCACACAUUAAUUGGCGCAGGGGCUGCAGAAGGAGCUAUUGAUGCAGCAAACAUAUUAAAGCCUGCCCUUGCAAGGGGUGAACUGCAGUGCAUUGGAGCUACAACCUUGGAUGAAUACAGAAAGCACAUUGAGAAAGACCCAGCCUUAGAGAGACGAUUUCAGCCAGUCAAAGUGCCAGAGCCAUCUGUGGAUGAAACCAUACAGAUUUUGAAAGGCCUGAGAGAGCGCUAUGAGAUCCACCACAAACUUCGUUACACAGAUGAAGCAUUAGAGGCCGCUGCACAGCUGUCAUACCAGUACAUCAGUGAUCGAUUCUUGCCUGAUAAGGCAAUUGACUUGAUUGAUGAAGCAGGUUCCCGAGUUCGCCUUCGUCAUGCUCAGCUACCUGAGGAAGCUAAGGAGCUGGAGAAAGAGCUCAGGCAGAUUACAAAGGAGAAGAAUGAGGCCGUUAGGAGUCAAGAUUUUGAGAAGGCUGGAGAAUUGCGUGAUAGAGAAAUGGAACUUAAGACUAAGAUAUCUGCUCUCAUAGAUAAAGGCAAGGAGAUGAGCAAGGCGGAAAGUGAGGCAGGAGACGUAGGCGCUGUUGUGACUGAAGUUGAUAUUCAGCAUAUUGUCGCUUCCUGGACUGGCAUUCCUGUUGAUAAAGUAUCCACCGAUGAAUCUGACCGCCUCCUCAAAAUGGAAGAGACCCUCCAUACGAGGGUCAUUGGUCAAGAUGAAGCAGUUAAAGCCAUCAGCCGUGCCAUACGCAGAGCUCGUGUUGGACUCAAGAAUCCCAAUCGUCCCAUUGCAAGCUUUAUAUUUUCUGGGCCAACUGGUGUUGGUAAAUCCGAGUUAGCAAAAUCAUUGGCUGCUUACUACUUCGGCUCUGAAGAAGCAAUGAUUCGUCUCGACAUGAGUGAAUUCAUGGAAAGACAUACCGUCUCCAAGCUCAUUGGUUCACCCCCUGGUUAUGUUGGUUACACAGAGGGUGGUCAAUUAACUGAGGCCGUUCGUCGCCGUCCAUACACAGUGGUUCUCUUCGAUGAGAUUGAAAAGGCUCAUCCUGAUGUGUUCAACAUGAUGCUUCAAAUUUUGGAGGAUGGAAGGUUGACAGAUAGCAAGGGCAGAACUGUAGACUUCAAGAAUACACUUUUGAUUAUGACAUCAAACGUGGGAAGCAGUGUAAUUGAGAAGGGAGGUCGCAGAAUAGGGUUCGACCUGGACUACGAUGAGAAGGACAGUAGCUAUAACCGUAUCAAGAGCUUGGUGACAGAGGAGCUGAAACAAUACUUUAGGCCUGAAUUCUUGAAUAGGUUGGACGAGAUGAUCGUGUUCCGUCAGCUCACAAAACUGGAGGUGAAGGAGAUUUCAGAUAUAAUGCUGAAGGAGGUGUUCAAUAGGUUAAAAUCGAAGGAAAUUGAGCUUCAAGUGACAGAGAGAUUCAGGGAUAGGGUAGUCGAGGAAGGAUAUAACCCAAGCUACGGUGCGAGGCCAUUGAGAAGGGCAAUCAUGAGACUUUUGGAGGACAGCAUGGCUGAGAAGAUGCUGGCAAGGGAGAUCAAGGAGGGUGACUCUGUAAUUGUGGAUGUUGAUUCAGAUGGAAACGUGACAGUGCUGAACGGCAGCAGUGGAGCUGCUACUCCUGAGGCUUUGGCGGAUGCUUUGGUUUGAUAGAGAUGAGAGAGAACAACAAUCCAUAUUAUUUACAAGGUACGAAAUGAAACGCAUGUUCAUCUUAUUUAUUGGCUUGUUCUUGUAUAGUCCGUUUCUAUCUGGAUGAAUGGGUCAGCUGGUGUUUUGGAUUUGGAAAUGCGUUGUGGAGAUUUCUAAGUUAGAUUUGAGUAAUGAAUGCCUAUUUUCCCCUACGAGGAUUGGCAGGACUUUGAGAACUUUGUUGUAUGAAUAAAAUUAUUAAUGCCUUUUACAGUUCAUCCA